AUGUCUUGCCUUGAGAGUAUUCUAUGUGGUCUAACGGGCGGCCCCAAACCCUUCCCAAAAUUCCCACUGCAAACAGGUGCAAUGAUACCAGCUGUAGGUUUCGGCACUGGCUCGACGUGGGCCAAGCCAGAGCGCGGCAGAGUCAACCCAGAACUCAUCCAUAUGAUAAAGACUGCGAUUUUGUCUGGCUUCACCCAUAUCGACACAUCCAGGUCUUACUUUACUGAGGAGGAGGUUGGAAUGGCAAUCAAAGAGAGUGGAGUUCCAAGGAACAAGCUUUUUCUGACAACCAAGCUACCUUGUCCGAUUGAGGACCCUGAAGAGUACAUCAAAGACAGUCUUCGCAGGCUGAAGACGCCCUACGUUGAUCUCUUCAGCUUCAUCAACGCCAGAACUGACAUAUCUCUCAGGGCUUUAAUCGAGUCUCCCUACUUCACGGAUGAUUUCUCCCACCUACAGACAGCAUGGCGAUAUAUGGAGUUCAUAUUUAACUCUGGCCGGGCCAAGGCUAUUGGUGUGUCCAACUUUCUACGUCAGCAUGUCGAGGCAAUUCUCGACAUUGCCAAAGUCCCCCCUACCGUGAACCAGAUCGAGUUCCACCCAUACCUACAACGGUCUGAUGACUAUGUUAAGUGGAUGCAGAGCAGAGGAAUCACGGUGUGCGCCCACCAUCCCCUUGCGCCCAUCACUGCGGGUGCAGGUGGCCCUCUGGAUCCUGUACUGGACAAGAUAUCCAAGGCCCACAGCGUUUCUGUCACUGCAGUUUUACUGAAGUGGCAAAUUGAACUGGAAAUCGUCGCAAUUACAACCACAGAGACCGAGGAACGGCUCAAAGAGUACUUGCAGGCUGCCCAGUUCGAGCUGACGGACGCAGAAGUUCAGGAGAUCUCUUCUGUUGGAAAGACGGCCCAUCUUCGCACCUGGGAUCUGGGACGUUUCUCGAUGGAUGAUCGCACCUGA